AUGAUUGUCUCGAUAGUGUACACUGUUGCCCUACUGUUCCUAUCAGUCACAAACGCUGAUGUAGUAACAGAAUAUGUUGAUGAAGCUGUAGAAUACAAGCCUUUACAAACAAAACAUGAGCAAAUUCGGAAGAAGAUUCAAGAUAGUAAUUGCGGAACGUUGCUCAACUCAUCCAUUGUUGCUCAACUAGAUGAUUUAUCUGUCGUCGUAAUGGGAAACUUGGAACAUCCCACAACAUUGAUAGUUUCAAUGGAACGAAGAGUCGAUGGUUUCUUCUUCACCCUAUUAGAAGACUUUUGCAAUGAUGCCAACAAUGAAAUCAAGGAUCUUUUGUCUCAUUCAACUCUACUGUUCUUGAUGCCAACGAGAGAGAUGGAGAAACAUAAUUGUGAUGAAUAUAUGAAUGUAUCAACAGAGGAGGCUAAUAUCUAUAAGUUACAUAAAGUUUUUCGUUUCGAUUUUGUUAUGAUGUUUGGCACCGGUGGCGUCAAGCUUCGAUACAUACAACAGAACAACGGCUUGGCAGAAACACUGAUGAGGAGAUAUCAGUUGCUUCAUCCUUCCAUGGGCUUACACAAUACAGAUGUUUGUGCAGGUUAUAACCUUCUGUCUCGAAGAGGCACGAAUGGUUUACUCGUGAAACAACUUCAAUGGAGUUCUCUCAUUCAUGAUUCAAAAGAUGUUUUUGUACGUCAAUUGAAUGGACUACUCAUAUUAAUUGCCUGUUGUUACGAAGAAAUUAAUGUGGACUUUGCCUAUUCAGAAAACCGUAAAAGUAUUUUAGAAACGCUCAAACUAAGAUCUACGGGAGUACAUUUUGAGUCUGCGGAUAAGACACUCGUUUUGAAUGAUGGAGGGUAUCCCGCAAUGAGAGUCGCAGCAAAUAUUAACACGUUUAUCGCCUUACCGGAAGGUGAAACACAUGUCAAAGUGUUUCAUGCUGAGAGUAACAAGUUGAUUACGGAGUUCAUUGUGAAGCUGAAUGAUACAAAUCGAUAUGAACGACGACGCAUUCCUAAGCAUCUUGAUUUGCUCUGA